CCUCGGCGGGCGCCAUGCGGGUGCCGGUGGCCCUCUUGGCGCUGGCGGCGCUGAUGGCACCCCGCCGGAGCGCAGCCUCCCAGGGCGAGCAGCCGCCCGCAGUGCCUUCACCAAUGCAGAUCACAGUAACAUCAGAAAAUUUCAAAACUAUCUUGCACUGGCAGUACCCACCUAUGUCUGAAACGCCUCGUUUUAUUGUGGAAAUCAAACCUUACAAUUUAGGUUACUAUAAGAUCGUCUCAACUUGUGUAAACAUUUCAGCUCAUUUUUGUGAUCUCUCAAGGGAAAUAUAUGAGCCUUUUGCCUCUCACUGGCUUCGGGUUAAAGCUGUUGUUGGGUCACAACAGUCUGAGUAUGUUGAGACAAAUGAGUUUAUUUUGCAAAAGCAUGGCAAAAUAGGACCACCAAAACUGAAUCUCUCAAGGCGUGGUGAUAAAAUUGUGGUUGAUAUUUACCAUCCUGCAUUCCCAUCAGUGGAGCUUCUUCCUGGGAUUGAAGACAUUUAUUCAGAGAUCAUGUACUUGGUGACUUUUUGGGAUAGUAAAACUCAGAGCAAAAAAUUCUUCUCAGAAGACAGCUGUACGAUGUAUAAAUGUAGCGUCAACAUCCCAGUUCCUGCUGAAGGUUCCACUUACUGUGUUUCAGCAAAGGGAACUCUAUAUGGCAAUCUGAUAAUUGGUGCCCCAUCAGAAGAAAGCUGCAUUGAUAUUCCUCUCAAGUGGACAUUGAGCACAGAAUACAUCAUCAUUCUGUGUGUUGCUAUUCUGAGCCUGACCCUAAUAUUGACAGUAUGUUGUGGCUGCAAGAAACUAAGGAAGAACAACAUAAAGCUACCUAAGUCUUUGGUCAGUGUGAUAAGAAACCUGAACACAGACAGCAUUCCAGAACCAAAAUCGGAAGUAAAAUACAUGUCUGUAAUAAGCUUCGUGGCAGGCCAGUCAGUGUUGCCACAGAAUGAUGAAGUAAUCUCACUGGAGGUAGAGCCAAAAGAAGAAACUGAUAGUCCUGAGAACUCCAGUGAAGGAAUAUCUUCUGUUCUUCUGCCAGAGGCACCAGCCAAAGCAGAAGAGGUGUCUGUGCGGGAAAGCACAGAGGAGGUAUCUGCUGAUGAUGAACAAAAUCACAAAGUAAGAGGGAAUUACUUUAUUUCUGACAGUAGCCAAAUGAAUAUAUGCUGUAACUCUUCAGGUCCAGAUGUUCCUGCCACAGAAAUAAAGCAAACAGUCAUUCCAAACAGCUGUCUCAAGUUUUCUGGCUAUGACAAGCCUCAUGUUCCAUUAGAUAUGUUGAUAGAUGUUGGUGAAGAGCAGCCUGUGAUUGCUUACAGGCCAGCUGACUAACCAGGAUAGCUGAUGUGUUUAAUCAGAACUCAGGAGGAACAGCAUUACUGAAGAUUAUGGAAUGUCCAGGUUAUAUUAUGAAAAUCUACAAGGUGUAUUUGCUCUGAUCCAACGAGAAUAACCAGUGCACAGUAUAGACAAUGGAAUCCUGAUCAGGCACUGAGGAUAGUGCCUGAGAACAGCAUAAAAAGUAUGGGGGAAAUUUCAUACUAACCACUUUAGAAGUGUU